AUGUUGGACUUGAGAGUAAUUGAAAUAUUGCAGAAACUGUUUGCAAUUGAUCAAGAUGCAUGGUUCCCAAAGGGUGAUAAUCAAUGUCAUCUUGCUUUAGAAGUUACCAACCUGGUCAAGCUUGAAUCUCUCAAUCUCACUGAUAACCGAUUCCAAGGGCCAUUCCCAUAUAACUUUCCCAACAUAAAGCACCUUUAUUUGGAAUCGAACAACUUUAGUGGUCCAAUUCCUGAAGAUAUUGGUUUGAUAUCUGGUCUUCAAUUUAUUAGCCUCUAUUACAAUUCCCUUGAAGGCAAAAUCCCAUCCUCUGUAGGCCAACUCAGGGAGCUUCAGCACCUAGACCUUGGAUGGAAUUCCUUGAACUCAAUCCCUUCUGAGCUUGGUCUUUGUACCAACCUAACUUAUUUGUCCUUGAAUUCGAAUCAACUCAGUGGGAAAAUUCCAGCAGAAAUUGGCCUGUUGACAAAACUUGAUCUCCUCCGGCUGGGCGGAAACAAUUUCUCUGGAUCAAUUCCCUCAGAGAUAGGAAACUUGAAUGUUUUGAAAUAUUUAUAUCUUUGGGGAAACCAGCUCUCAAGGCCGAUUCCUAUGAAAGUUUGGAACCUCACAAAUCUUCAGAUCCUUAAUAUAGGAGACAAUAGCUUCAAGGGGAAUAUUCCAGCAGAAAUUGGCCUAUUGACAAAACUUGAUAUCCUCUUGCUGUACGAAAACAAUUUCUUUGGAUCAAUUCCCUCAGAGAUAGGAAACUUGCAAGUUUUGAGAGAGUUGGACCUUGCGCAAAACCAGUUCUCAGGGUCGAUUCCUAGGAAAUUCUGGAACCUCACAAAUCUUCAAAACAUGGACCCUUACAACAACAACCUCUCCGGCCCAAUCCCCCCAGAGAUUGGAAACAUAAUUCAAGUCAGCGUAAACCAACUUGAAGGGGAGUUGCCAAAACUAUUUCUCACCGCAGAAACUAGAGGGGUUUCCGUUUUCACUAAUAGAUUUUGGGGGACCAUUCCCAGUGAUUUCGGGAAGUAUAGUCCAAACUUGACACUUAUUCAGUUGGCAUGGAACACCUUCUCUGGAGAAUUGCCGCCUGAGUUGUGUAGUGGAUUUGCUUUGGAAAAGUUGAUAGUGAACUCGAACAACUUCACAGGGCCAUUGCCUGAGUGCUUGAGAAAUUGUUCUGCAUUAACACAUGUCAGGCUUGAAGUAAACCAAUUCACCGGAAACAUUACCAAUGCAUUUGGUAUUCAUCCCCGUCUUGUUUUAAUUCAUCUUAGUCAUAACAAGUUCGUUGGUCAACUCUCGCCACAAUGGGGAGAGUGCAAAAACAUCACGGAUAUGCAAAUGGACGGAAAUAGAAUUUCUGGUCAAAUCCCACCUGAGCUUGGCCAGUUGACACAGUUGCAGUAUCUAACUCUAAGCUCUAAUGAAUUCAAUGGGGAAUUUCCAGUUGCCAUUGGGAAUCUAAGUUUGUUGUUCAAUCUCAGUCUCAGCAGGAACUACUUGACAGGAGUUAUCCCUCAGUUUCUUGGCAAAUUGACAAAGCUUGAGUUUCUUGAUUUGUCUGAUAAUAAUUUUACAGGGGUAUUACCAGUCGACCCUGGAACGUUUGAGAGGUUAACAAGCUUGAACAUAAGCCACAACAAAUUAUCAGGUGGAAUACCAGAGAAGAUUGGUAAUCUGCACCUGCAGUACUUGUUGGACCUAAGCAGCAAUACAUUCUCGGGAUCGCUGCCAUUAAACCUUGCCAAGCUUAUAAUACUGGAGAUUCUUAAUGUCUCGCAUAACCAACUCUCCGGGAAUAUCCCAUUAACAUUUUCCAGAAUGGUUAGUCAUGUCGGCAUUGAUUUUUCUUACAACAACUUGACAGGUCUGAUUCCAACUGUUUUGUGUGGUGAAACAGAGGGACUAACUCCAUGCACUUCGGGUCUCAGAAACUCCAACAAGAAAAUUCUUGUUGGCGUCCUUGUUCCCAUUUGUGGUUUAUUGCUGCUGGUGACCAUAUCUGUUGUAAUCCUUAAGUUCUGCAAGAAAUCAAAGCCUGGAGAAAUCGAUCUUCCUAAGAUGUCUAAAAGUUUUGAUUCAAGUAUUUAGGGAAGACAUGGUAAACUUACAUUUUCUGAAAUCAUCACUGCCACCGAGAACUUUGAUGAAAAGUACCUCAUUGGAAGAUGAGGUUUUGGAAGUGUCUACAAGGCUGGGUUGGACAGAGGCAGAGUCGUUGCAGUUAAGAAACUGAAUAUGUCAGUAGAUUCUGGUGACGACAUUCCAGAAUUGAAUCGCAAGAGUUUUGAGAAUGAGAAUAGAACCUUGACAGAAGUGAGGCACAGAAAUGUAAUAAAACUUUAUGGUUUCUAUUCCUGGAAGGGGUGCUUUUACUUGGUGUAUGAAUAUGCAGAGAGAGGCAGUUUGAAAAUGGUAUUGUAUGGAGUGGAGGGCAAAGCAGAUGUACUUGGCUGGGGCACAAGGGUGAAAAUUGUGCAAGGAAUAGCUCAUGCUAUUUCUCACUUGCAUAAUGACUGCUCUCACCAAAUCGUUCACCCUGACAUAACUUUGAGCAACAUAUUACUAGAUCGGGAUUUUGUGCCACGCCUAUCAGACUUUGGAAUAGCAAGACUAUUGAGCUCAGAUUCCUCAAACUGGACUGCUGUAGCGGGGUCUUAUGGCUACAUGGCUCCAGAGCUCGCAUUCACAAUGCAAGUGACAUAUAAGUGUGAUGUAUACAGCUUUGGAGUGGUGGCAUUAGAAAUCAUGAUGGGAUGGCAUCCAGGGGAGCUACUGACUUCUCUAUCGGAAAAUGGAGAUAUGUUUUUGAAGGAUUUGCUAGACCAACGACUUCCGUCUCCUUCAGGUCAAUUAGCAGGGCAAGUGGUUUCCAUGGUGACAUUGGCCUUGGCCUGCACCAGCACUAAUCCGGAAUCACGACCCACCACGUAUUAUGUGGCAAAAGAACUAUCGUUGACCAGGACCUGGAUUUGCCUCUCUGAGCCGUUAGCCACGAUAACCAUCAAUAAGUUGGCAAGUUUUCAUAACUAG